AUGAUGAUACCAUAUCCCUCCAUCUCGCUGGCUUCUUGGGUUUUUUUCUUUUUUUUUCUCUUUUCCCAGAAAUUGUAUUUUGAAGACAACGAAAAGGAGAACGUGUUCUGGGUGUGGCUGCAUGUGAUUUACCCAAUAGCCAAACUGGGGGGGAGCCGAAGGGGAAAAGCAGAGCGUCUGCUGCUGAAGGGAGUGGAAGCUGAGGGCUGCAGGAUGAAGACCUCUGGAACCCGUAUACUGUUUUGUGUCUUAACACUCUUCUUGUCCCCAGCUGACUGGUUUCCAUGGAUGGUCAAUGGGCAAGAACCAGAAACUGCUACUGGUGGAGCUCCCCCUGACAGCUCUGGUGCAGCUGCCACACCACCUGUGCCUCUUCCUCCUGUUCAGUCUGACAGCGAAACAGCCACGGCUUCAUCAGACUGCCGUGAGGAAAAGUUCCCCUGCACGCGCCUGUACUCUGUUCACAAGCCAGUAAAGCAGUGUAUCAGCUACCUCUGUGUUACAAGUGUGCGUCGCAUGUACGUAAUAAACAAGGAGGUGUGCACUCGCAUUAUCUGCAAGGAGAACGAGGUCAUGCAAGAUGAGAUCUGCCGCCAGCUGGCUGGCCUUCCUCCUCGACGCCUCCGCCGCUCGGGGCAGCCCCUGCCUCUCCCUUGCAGACAGCUCCUGGAGCAGCAGCGCAGGCCUGAUGCUCUGUGAGCACCAACUGUAGGAGAGGAGAAGGAAGAGAGAGAAGAGAAGGCAUUAUCCACUACCUACAGUUCAAGACAAGUGCUUCUUGUUUGUGAUUCCCCCAUUAUUUCCUUGCUUCUG